AAGAGGAUCAACCUAUGAGCAAUUUUACAUUUAAACAUUUAUUUGCUAUUCGAUCUAUACUAUGGAAUUCUGAAUCAACAACUAAAUCUGAUAAAGCUAUAUAUGCAGAAUUGUUUGGAUUAUCAAAAAAGGUUAUUGAUACAGCUAUUAGAACCAAUGCAUCACAAAAACUAUCUGAUACCUUGAAAUCAUUACUUUACGAUAUGCAGAAUAAAAUUGACAAAAAUCAACCAACUGAUUAUAAUCAUAUUACUGUCAUUAAUCCUAGUAUUACUAGGCACAAAGGCCAACCACCAAAACAAUUGAAAUCUAGUGUCGAAUAUUCAUCUUAUAAAGACAAACAAGUAUUAAGGAAUAGUACACAUGUUAAUAUAUCAAACAACUUUGAAAAUACAAAUAUAGUUAAGAGUAGUAAUAGUGGUAUGAUUACAAAGGGUCAUAUGUGUGGAAAGUAUAAAAAAUUUGGCCAUUAUGCAAAAACUUGUCAGAAGUCAGUCUGA